AGCUGGGAUUUCUCAGACUGAGAACCACAGAAAUUUCAUCACUAAAUCAAGCAUGGCUAUGUCUAUCUUCUCCACAGCAACAUCACCAUAUCAACAAUGCUCAAGAUGUGACACCAGUAGGCUUCACCCACUCGGCCAUGCAAAUUCUUCAAAAACAACCUCAUUUUCUGUCAAGUGUGAACUAAAAGAAGACUCGUUAUCUAGUAGUGUACAAGGCAAGGAGAGAGGCAAAGGAAGUGCACUUAAAGUAGGGUCUCCCGUUAUAGUUAUAGAGGCUCCCCAGAUGCUGAAAACUGCUGCUUCUGUUCCCUGUCUCAGGGUUAAUUCUGGCUUAGUCAAUCCUGGUGAUGUUGGAAGGAUCAUAUCAAGAAAACCGAUGGAUGUAUGGGCUAUUCGCCUCUCCAUUGGAACUUAUCUCAUCGACGGAAGAUACUUCAAACCACUGGAGCUAGAAGCAGAAUGAGAUCUCUUUUUAUCACCCAAAAUCAAACUUCAUCCACAAAGAACAUCUUCAAAAUGGAAUAUGUAUGUACAGUCAAGGAGAUCUGAGAGUUUGCAAAACUACUAGACAAAACUUUAUUGAGUAAUGACUAUAGCUACAGUUCAAAAUUACUUCUCUUCAAAUCCUAUGUAAUGACUAUGAUUUCAAUGUGA